AGUUUGCAAUGCACUGUGGGUAAUAUAUUGCGAUGCAACCACCCAAGAUGGCAACCAAGUAGAAACUGGUUUUCAACAGGUUUCGUGUACGAUUUAUCUCAUAAAUUGACUGUAUUAGCUGUCCAAGCUGGCGGGAAAAAUGGAUAGUGCGAGUGGGAAAUCGGGUGACUUUCUCGUUGGGGGUAAAUACCGCCUUGUAAGGAAGAUCGGGAGCGGUUCGUUUGGUGAUAUUUAUCUUGGAAUCAACAUCACAAAUGGUGAGGAAGUAGCAGUCAAACUUGAGUCCACAAAGGCCAGACAUCCCCAACUUUUAUAUGAAAGUAAACUUUAUAAAAUACUCCAAGGUGGAGUAGGUAUUCCACACAUAAGAUACUACGCGCAAGAGAAAGAAUACAACAUACUUGUCAUGGACCUUUUGGGUCCCAGUUUAGAGGACCUGUUUAACUUUUGCUCUCGAAGAUUCACUAUGAAAACAGUGCUUAUGCUUGCAGAUCAAAUGAUUGGGCGUAUUGAAUAUGUACAUAACAAAAACUUUAUUCACAGAGAUGUGAAACCAGAUAAUUUCCUCAUGGGCAUUGGUCGCCACUGUAACAAAGUGUUUUUGAUUGACUUUGGACUGGCAAAAAAGUACAGAGACAGUCGUACAAGGACACAUAUAGCAUACAGAGAAGAUAAGAAUCUAACGGGCACAGCCCGAUAUGCCAGUAUCAAUGCUCAUUUGGGUAUUGAACAGAGUCGUCGUGAUGACAUGGAAUCAUUGGGAUAUGUGCUGAUGUACUUUAACAGAGGAAGUCUACCAUGGCAAGGUCUGAAAGCCAACACGAAGAAGCAGAAGUAUGAGAAAAUCAGUGAAAAGAAAAUGUCAACUCCAGUUGAGGUGCUUUGUAAAGGAUUCCCGGCUGAAUUUGCCAUGUAUCUCAACUACUGCCGAGGUCUACGAUUUGAGGAAGCACCCGACUACAUGUAUCUACGACAGCUCUUCAGAAUUCUUUUCCGCACUCUGAAUUACCAAUAUGAUUACACUUUUGACUGGACAAUGCUAAAACAGAAAGCAGCUGCAGUAGCACAAUCUACACAAGUCACAACAGGCACUGCUGGGCGUUAAUGAAAAGUGAUUUUAUAACAGUAUAACAGAAUAAUACUAGUUGUAGCAGUGAAUGUCAAAGUUAUGAUUAUGUAAACUUGUACAUAAUAAAAAAAUGAGCAAAUCACUGUUUCUAUUAGUUUUAAGUUCAAAUUAUCAUCUGUGUAAAUUUUAAUUAGUUCUGGCUGAAAUUUUUAAUUUGUUUAAAAUUCUCAAUUUUAUAAUUCAUAUGGAAGUGUAUUCAUUUAUUUAGAUUAUACUUUAUAGUGGUUUUUCAUUUAUAUUCCAAAGUGGAUAUGUUCUGCUUAAGUCUGUUACUCCAUGUAGUAUUGUUGAUAAAAGUAAUGAAAAAAAUGAUAAACAAAAAACUGUAACUAACGGACAUACUUGUAGCAAAUGUACAUAGAAAUCAUUAUUAUUGUAAAUAUUUUUUUGUAAAUUUUCAUACGAGGGUGUGUAUAUGCAUUUGUACAUUGUGAAUUCGUGAUGUACUUUUUCUUGUAAGCAAGUAAUAUUCAGUUUAACAUUUAAUCUAAGAUAUAAACAUGUAUGUAUUUGAAGUGUAUGAUAACAAAUGGUCAAACUGCAGAACGAAAAUCCAAAUAUAUAUAUAUAUAUAUAUAUAUAUAUAUAUAUAUAUAUAUGCAUUUCACUUUCAACACUUUGGUUAUUACACCAGAACACUUUAUAUAUAUUUACUAAUACGCAAUAGCUUUUGAAGUGCUCAUUAGUUUUUAAAGGUUGACACAUUUUGAGUUACACAUUCACAAUAUGAAUUAUUAUUUAUACACUAAAUUUUAUAUCUGAUUUUCAUUUGCAACAAAGUGUAAAUUUUAAGAACCGUUUCUGAUAUGUAAAUAUCCAUGGAUACAAUCAGAAUCUAACAUAAGGGCUUCCAUUAAGUUCUAAGAUUUUUUAUAGUCAGAGACUGAAAAUGUCUGAAAAAGUCCCAUUAUAUAGGUAAAGAAGUAAAAGCAUUGUAUUUUGGAAAUUAAAACCUAAAGUCAGGAGUAAACGAUUCCCAAACUUCCACUAAUGGAAGCCCUGUUAUAUGCACUGAAAUUAAAGUCAAUAAAGAGUUAUUACUAUUAUUAUUACUUAAUCAGUAGAUUUAUUACUAUCACUAGAAGAAGUUUGUUGUCAUCUUGAAUGCACACUGUUACUUGGACAGUCUCUCUUUAAAGUAUGUUUGAGACAAGUUUAGACAUAUUUUUAACUUUGUUUUGUUUAGAUGACUUGAAGACACUGUGUUUGACAAUUUGUCAAAUUUGAAAAAAAAAGUUGUCUUGGUCAGUGAUUAAGACAGCGCUGUGUCACACUGUAUAGUAAUGAUUACUUGUGAAACCAUGGAAUUAACCGUGGCCUAAUUAUUGCAGUAAACCAUUUAUAGUAUAUAUACUGGCACACUCUAAUGGAAGUUGAGUUUGAAUUUACUUUAUUUUUUAUGCAUCGAUUUUCAUAAAAGAUUGAUCAACAGGUUUGUUGGAAACACUGGUGUCACUUUAAUGCUCUUAACAAGCCAUGCUAAAAAUUAUUGACAUCUUUCAUAAUAGAUUUUAGUACCAUUCAUUAAUUUUAGGUCAAGGGAAAAUUUCAAAGCAGACAGUGCAGACCAUGUUCAGAAGGCAAGAAUUUGCCAGCUGCUAUGGGUUUUAAGGUGUUUUUUUUUUCUUUUUUGAAUAGCAAAACAUGCAGUGAUUUAUUUUUACUUGGGUUCAAAGGUUUGAUUUUGAAUGGUUUAAAAGUAAACAAGAAAAAAGAAAGUUUCAAAAAAUGAAAAGUGUUGGUGCACAAGAACAUGAAAAUUUGCAAUUUUUUUUAUCAGAUAAUUUUGUAUGAAUGGCAUUUUUCUGAUGAAUGACGAUAUCAAUGCAACAAACUAUUAUUUUGACAGUGAUGUAUUUUUGUGCUGAAGCUUAAUGUGUAAACUAUUGGUGAUGCAUUUCUUUCCUGAGUACUUUGUUAAUAUUUUCCUAUUGAUAAUAAGGACAGUUGAGUUGGUUUCUUUUGUUAGUUUUUUUUUUAUAAAUAAGUCAUUUUUUCUGUAUCAUAUAUCAUUAUAUACUAUAUCCCUCAAUAGCUCUGUUUAUCAGUGAUGUAGAAUCAUACCAAGGCAGAAAUUAUUAUUGUGUUAUCUUAUUUAAAAGAUUGUUGUACUUAUCCUAUAGACUGUAUCGUCCUUUUGGGUAUUUCUCUUUAUUCACAUGUUUAGUUUGACAUAAAAUUUGAAAACCAGUCAUGAUGGCUGUAAGAUGGUAUGGAUGACUUAGAAUUACAAAUUUUUUGGCAUUCAAACAGGCUAAUGAAAGAAUGGUGGCAUUGUAUAUAAUUAAGAUGUGUCAAACGGUCAAGGGAGGCAAAUCUGUAUUGGCUUUUUUCCCCUUUUGUGUUGGAGAGUUACAAAUGAACUUAAGAUAUUUUACUCAAAUAUGUAAAAAAAAUUCUAACAACAUUAGAUCAUGACCAUGUUGUCAGUUAAAGAACAUUGUUGAUAUUGUCACUGAAAUGUUUUUCAGGCAUUUAUCUUUUCAAUACAUUUUUGAUUUACUCGCAAAGUUUUUUGGUUGUUUUUUUUGUGUUUUUUUUUAAGAAAAUAACAUCAUAACAUAAAAAUUAGUUUACAAUGCAUAGUAAAACUUUGUACUAUAUAUAUUUUUUUUUUAACUGAACAAGAUUGUAUUAAAAUUUUGUGCAAAUCUAUUUUGACUAAACUUGAAUAUACAUAAAAAAAGAUAACAUUUUGUUUGUUUUCAGAUCAUUGAAAUGUUAGAAUUUUAAUGUGACAAGAAGGGAUGAAGAUGUAGUAACCCUUAUUAUCUUUUGGAACCAAGUCUAAUUUGUCACCAAUAUAGAGCCAGGCCAGCCAGCACAUCCCUGAAAUCUUGCCAGGCUCUAUACUAUUGGCAGCUCAUUUUAUAUAUUAUAUUCUGAUUUGCAAAGUCAUUAUACAAAAACAUUAGGUUAAGAAGGUUAAAGAGUGAAAAAAGAAAGAUCUUUUUAUGUUAAGUGAUAAGAAAUAUAUGUUGUUUAGAUAGUAUAAUUUAUACUCAAGAAGUGUGAUUUAUAGUUUUUGAUGUGAAAUUUAAAAAUUUUGAGUUUCAAUGGUUUAACCCUUACUAUGCUAAUUUAAAUUAUCUUCACUGGACUUGUUCAUCUUUCAGUCAUGGGUAAAACCAUUUAACAUAUUUUGAAAUAUUCCUCUAAAUAUGAUAAACAGUUUUACCUUUGAUUUACAGAUGGACAAGUCCAGUUAAGAUAAUCUAUAUUUAGGGGAUAUUUUCAAAAUAUUUUCUGACUGAACAGGGAAAGUCUACAUCACAUAUGUGCAGACUGCUCUUGGUCUGCAAUGGUCACAUGGAUAAUAUCAGCUGUAGCUUGCAGGCUAGGUGUUAACUAGCUUCCCUUAAUAUGAUAUGUCAACUAAGAAGUCAUAUUUUUUUUCUUCAAGCAUCAUAGCCAAUGUUUUGUAUUUGACAGUUAAAAAGAAAUACUGAGAAAAUAACAUCUUAACAUUCAUUUAAAAUGUAUUGUUUAUGUAAAAUGAGCUGCGUCACGACAAAACCAACAUAAUGGGUUUGCGACCAGCAUGGAUCCAGACCAGUCUGCACAUCAGCGCAGUCUGAUCAGGAUCCAUGCUGUUCGCUAACAAACCCUAUUACAAGUAAAGAAACUGAUAGCGAACAGCAUGGAUCCUGAUCAGACUGCGCGGAUGCGCAGGCUGGUCUGGAUCCAUGCUGGUCGCAAAGCCAUAAUGUUGGUUUUGUCGUGACACGGCUCAAAUAGUCUUUUAUUGUUGCUAACACAUGUUAUACUGUAUAUCCUUUUAGUACUUAUUGUAUUGACACUGUUUGAUAAGGGUUCAUCCCUUGUAAUCUAAGGACUGAUUUAUAAGUUGAAGACAGAAAUUGGCCUUUUUACACUCUAGGCCGUAAUCUUUGUGAAUUUUUUAAUCCACGCUGUUACAUGGCGACGUUUCCCACUCGAGGCGGAAAUCUCUUUGAAUGUUUAAAUCCACGCUGAUACAGGGCAAUAACAUUCUCUAGAGAGUUGGUCUAGUUUGGAGCCGGUAUAUAAAAUAAAUGUAUAAUAAAAUUAAUUUAUGAGGGGCAAAAAAAACAAGUUCCAAAAAAACUUAAAAAAGAAAACAUGAAUUUUUUAUAGUGUGUCAUUGGGAAUUUUAGGACACAAUUUUGGGCAGUAUGGUAUGAGUCUUAUAAUGAAAAAGAAAAUCACUGCUAUGGUUUAAAACUAAAAUGUAUUGUCUGCGUUAAAAUAGUAUAAACUUGUGGGUUAUUGUGUACAAGAUGUAUAAACAGGGAAUAUAUAUAGCAUUAGUGUGAUGUUUUUAGAAACACGUAUAGCAGUAAGUUUUGCUGUGAACAUGUUAAAAGCGUAGCAUUGUUUGCUUUUCUUUUUAUUUUUCAGCCAUUUAUUCAUUAUUCAUUUGUAUGUGUUAAACUGUGAAACUAAAAAUGACUAAAAGGCAUUUAUAUAAAAAAAAUGUUGUCGCAGGUAUGUUCUUCUGGGCUAAAACCAUCAUGUAGCUGAGUUUUUUAUUGUGAAACUUGUGAAGAAUUUUUUUAUUUUGAAACAAUUUUUUUUUUGAAUUGGCAUAAAUUGGGCCAUUUUAGAUAUGUGUUUUGGUCAAGACAUUAUCAGUCAUGUAAAAGCUGUGUACAAACUUUAAUUUUCAAGUAUCAUAAUCACUUUUUGUGUAUCUGAAAUUAAAAACUUCAAUUGUCAAAAGUCCAAGGCUGUGUUGGACUAACGCUUCAAGAUUUUGAAAAGUUGAAUGCUGAUUUUGUUUUUCAAUGAAUAUGUCUUCUUAUUUUUUCAAGAAUAAGGUUUGAUUAUCUCAAAUGAAUCGUCAUCAUUCAUAUCUUAUUUCAUCAUCUGGGAAUUGAGUAUUUGUGUACUUAUCAUAUAGAAUUACAUACACAUUGAAUUUGUUCUGGUAAGAAAUGUUUCUUUUGCAUUGUAAGCUAUUUUUGAACUUGUUAACUUGUAUGCUCAAAUAGACAUUUACUUGGAGAUCCAUUCCGCGUGGUUUAAAUACAUUGAAGUGCGAUUGGUUAGAAAAUAAUUGUAUAAAUAAACAAGGCACACUAUGGUAGAUUUUUAUAGUUCUAAGAUAUAAGUUCUUAAGGUAUAAGUUUUACCUGAACCUUCUGGUCAUGCAGGGAUAAAUGUGAACAUCGGAUAUCUGUGGUCCAAUCGAAGUGCCAGUUAUUGCUAACAUGUCUAAUUGGGAAAACAAAGAUCAUUCUGAGAAGUUUUUCGUCGGAUAAGAUGAAUUAUGGUACCUUACUUUUCAAACAGAACUAUAUAUGAACAUGAAUCUUUUAUCUGAACUUUUCUGUGAAAAAAAUUAAGAAUCUUAUAUAUAUCUUUUGUGACAAUAAUGGUAUAGUUUUUUUAAGAAUUUGUAAACAAAAUGUUGUAACUUAUGAGUAGUGUUCUUGUUUUAAACAGAUGUUGAAUAAUUGGCUACAUUUUGCAAACAAAAAAUGUGAAAAAAGGAAACUUAACUAAACAUUUUUCGAUGAAUUAUCUUAGAUUUUUUUCUUUACAUUUUUUGCCUACCUCCAUAGUUAGCUACUAAUAAAGAACUUUGCUAUUAGUAAUUUCAGUAAAAAUGUUUUUUAUUGCUGGUAUGAUUGGUACCAACAUUAAUAUUGUAAAUAAAAAAUAAGAGAAGAG